GCUAAAAGAGAUUGGUGGUGAGAUUGUAGAAGUAAACAGCAUUUAGAAAGCAACCAUAAUGAGAGGUCGCAGUAAUUCCGGAGUGAAACUUGAUAACUAUGCAAGAAUUUUGCAACAGACAAUCCUCUGUCACCAGGAUCCGGUGACAGGGUUACUUCCAGGUGAUGAGCAGUUACCUCAUGCCUGGGUUAGAGACAAUGUAUACUGCAUCCUGUCUGUGUGGGCUUUGAGUUUAGCCUAUAGGAAGAAUGCAGACAGAGAUGAAGAUAAAGCCAAAGCCUAUGAACUGGAACAGAGUGUGGUCAAACUCAUGCGAGGCUUACUGCAGUGUAUGAUGAGGCAGCUUGACAAGAUGGAGAAGUUCAAGUAUAGCAAAAGCACCACAGACUGCCUUCAUGCCAAGUACCAUACAGGAACUUGUGCUACUGUAGUUGGUGAUCAGGAAUGGGGCCAUCUACAGGUGGAUGCUACUUCCAUCUUCCUGCUCUUCUUGGCCCAGAUGACAGCAUCAGGGCUGCAUAUUGUUUACACUCGUGAUGAGGUUGAUGUAGUGCAGAAUCUGAUCUUUUACAUUGAAUCUGCAUACAAAGUGGCAGAUUUUGGAAUGUGGGAACGAGGAGACAAGACCAAUCAAGGCAUUCCCGAGAUUAACGUCAGCUCUAUUGGAAUGGCAAAGGCAGCUUUGGAGGCCUUGGAUGGACUGAACCUUUUCGGUGCCAAAGGUGGCCCGGAGUCUGUUGUACAUGCUUUAGCUGAUGAUAUUCAGCACUGCCAAUCUAUUCUUAGCUCCAUGCUUCCAAGGGCGUCUACAUCCAAAGAGGUGGACGCUGGGGUUCUGUCCAUCAUUUCUUAUCCAGCAUUUGCAGUUGAAGAUACUGACACUGUUAAUAUCACCAAAGAGGAAAUUAUUUCAAAACUUCAGGGCCGAUAUGGAUGCUGUCGCUUCCUCAGGGAUGGACACAAAACUCCCCGUGAGGACCCCAAUCGCUUGUACUAUGAGUCAUCGGAGCUGAAGCUCUUCGAGAACAUAGAGUGCGAAUGGCCACUGUUCUGGACAUACCUCAUCCUGGAUGGCAUUUUUAUCAACAGACCUGAACAGGUUCAGGAAUACAGAGAGGCUUUAGAUAGUAUUCUCAUCAAAGGGAAGAAUGGAUUAUGUCUGGUCCCUGAGCUUUAUAGUGUUCCUCCAGAUAAGGUUGAUGAAGAGUAUGUUCAUCCACACACUGUUGAUAGAGUGCCAAUAGGCAAGUGUCCACUAAAAUGGGGCCAGUCUCUGUACAUAUUGGGUAACCUGCUGGCAGAGGGUUUCUUAGCACCUGGAGAAAUCGAUCCUCUUAAUAGACGCCUUUCCACUGUCCCCAAGCCUGAUGUAGUAGUUCAAGUGUCUAUCCUGGCAGAAAAUGAGGAGAUUAAACAGCUCCUGCAGGGACACGGCAUUGAUUCAGAAACCCUGGAGGACAUUCACCCAAUCAGAGUCCAGCCCUCCAGAGUCCUCAGUCACAUCUACGCUAGACUAGGGCGUAACCAAAGACUGAACCUGACUGGAAGGCCCUACCGCCGAAUUGGUGUACUUGGAACAUCCAAAUACUACAUUAUUCGCAACACCAUCUUCACCUUUACACCUCAAUUUGUAGACCAUCAUGAGUUUUAUCUGGCUCUGGACAAUCACAUGAUUGUGGAGAUGCUCCGUACCGACCUCUCCUACCUCUGCUCUCGCUGGAGGAUGACCGGCCGGCCCACAGUGACCUUCCCUGUUUCACACGACAUGCUCACUGAUGAUCACAAAUACAUUGAUCCCACUGUUUUGGCCACCUUGAAAAAACUACAGAAUGGUUACUUUGGAGGAGCAAGGGUUAAGACUGGGAAACUUUCCGCUUUUCUUGACACUUCCUGUUGUGCCCAUCUUACGUUUAUGGACUGUGAGGUGGAUGACCUGGCUGUAUAUCUGGAUCAGCUACUAGCAGUUCCUGGGCAGAGCACCAUUAGUGCCACUAAAGGAGGCCUGAACCGCUUCAGGGCUGCCGCCCUAAAGACCAGAGAGAUGGUGUCUCUAGUGCACAAAGCCAGAGAACUCAAUAUACACAAUGUGCACAUGUACCUUCCUACUAAACUGUUCCAUUCUCCAGCACCAAACCUUCAUUUGCAGAAUAACAAAGGCAAGGUGCCUGAGUCACAAGCCAUUUCUACAGAGAUAUCAAUGCCCAGAGAUAUCAAUGGUGGGAUUGACCACUCAGCCCUUGUUAAGAUGCUGAAACAAACUCAAAACUUGCAGGAUCAGGCCGACAUUCUCAACAUCCUCUUCAAAGACAAGGGAAUGGACUGGGACACUAGGUUACAUGGGAAAGGGUGGACAGUGCGAAGGCUCCUGAGUGACUUGUAUGAAACGGCAGGAAACCUUAAACACUGGGGCCUCAUCCGGAUGACCGGUGGAAUGCUACGCAAGAAAGUAGAGGAGCUGGAUGCAGCUUGCUCCGAUUUGUUAAGUCAUCAGAAACAUCUUACUGUUGGUCUUCCUCCUGAACCACGAGAGAAAACUAUAUCAGCCCCUAUGCCCCCAGAUAAACUGGCAAGGCUCAUUGAUGAAGCUAGUGAGAACAACAUCACCAUUGCUAUUCUAACUCAGGAGAUAAUUGUGUUCCUGGGCAUGAGCAUUCGUACCCAGCCAAAACUAUUCAGUGAAAUGUUUCGCCUCCGUACUGGCCUCAUUCUUCAGGUCAUGGUCACCGAGCUCUCCCAGUCCCUCAAUUGCUCAGGUGAGGAGGCUACAGAGUGUUUGAUGAACAUGAGCCCAUCUGAGCUUAAAAACCUGCUGCUUCAUAUUCUCAGUGGCAAAGAGUUUGGGGUUCAAAAAAGCAUACGCUCAACAGGAAAUGUGGUCAGCACUGCCAUCAGUAUCCAGGACAAUAGCAAAUCUGGCUCCACCAAAACUGAACUAAAAGUCAAAAGCAAACAAGGGUCUGAUAUCAAACUGUUUGUGUCAGUCCAUUCCUUGGAUAUUAGUAACACUGAAUCUGGGAGAUACAGACUUCCAUCCAUCGAGUCAUUUCAGGGAUCGUUAGGAGCUACAUUGGUGCAUGACAGCAGACAUGGUCAGUGGCUUCGUCGUAGACGUCUAGAUGGAGCUCUUAACCGAGUUCCCAUUGGUUUCUAUCAGAAUGUGUGGAAGAUUUUGCAGAAGUGUCAUGGGUUGUCUAUUGAGGGUUUUGUACUUCCAUCCUCAACCACAAGAGAGAUGACUCCAGGAGAAAUAAAGUUUGCGGUGCAUGUGGAAACAGUUCUGAACCGAGUUCCUCAGCCUGAAUACAGGCAGUUGUUGGUGGAAGCCAUCCUGGUACUAACUAUGCUGGCUGAGGUGGACAUCCAGAGUGUGGGUGGUGUCAUUCAGGUGGAGAAGAUAGUACAAAUGGCCAGUGACAUGUUCUACAAAGAUCAGAAAGAACUAGGAGCUGAUGAGGGUCUCCUCGAGAGAGAUCAGUCAACCGGCAUCUGCAGGCUUCUCUAUGACAGCGCCCCUAGUGGUCGUUUUGGAAGCAUGACCUACCUUUUUAAAGCAGUGACUACAUAUGUUGAGGACUUUCUUCCCAGUGGAGCUUGUGCUCUUCAGUGA